UAGCGUGAUCCGAUCGCGCAUGCGAUCCGAUGAUUCGAAGGCAGACGUAUACAGGUGUUUGAGUUUGAGCAACACACGGAAUGACUUGAGCCACCGUUAGAUUUUACCCAUGGCUGGCUGUUUUGGAAGUUGUUGGGGAUCCUUUACGGAUGAAGUUCGUAAACUACGUCGGCCAGUUUACGUUCGCGGGAGAGCGUUUAAACGUGCAAGAUAUAAUGAAAAACAGGUUACCAUUGAGUUUGAGAAUUUGAUUGAUGAGGAUGAUUUUGAGCCACGUCCAAGACGCUUACUGACUGAAGAUGAACAGAAGUUAAUAAGUGAAAGAAAGUAUAACCAACUAGCCGAGCAGCAGAAAAGAAUUGAUGCUGAGAUUGAUGCAAGGUUAAAGAAGCAGGAAGAUGAUCUUCGUAUUGAGGAAGAGGCAUAUUAUGAAGCUAAGCGAGAGGCGUCAAAAGCUGCUAGACAAGCAAAAAGUCAAGGGGGGAUGAGCAAUGGGGCUAAAACAGCUCCGUUUUCGUCAGUCCUUGAUGAUGUCUCCCUCUCCUCAUGGAAAUCAGAUGUCAGUGUAACAAGUUCUAACCUUGAUGAGGAAGACUUUGAUGCAUUUCUCGAGAAAGUCAAAGCAAGAUCGCUGUCCUCAAAACCAGCUGUAUCUCUGUCGAGUGGGGUCGCUACCCUGCCCACAGAGUCCUGGGAGAGCGCCUUAGAAGCCACCAGGAUAGCUGGGAAAUCCCUCGACUCAUUCACUCACCCAUCCACCGAAGACGGCUCGAAGGACACGGACAGAUGAUAAAAAUAUAUAUAAAAAAAACAUUACAUUACUCUACUUGCGAUGUAUGGAGAUAGACAUGUAAAUAUGCUUUAUUAAUAAUUAUGAUGAAAAAGUUUUACAGCAGCGUUUUGGAAAAAAAAAUCAAACAUCGCAUUCGGGCUGCGAUGAUGCAUCGGGCGCGUUUUUUUCCUAUCAUUCUGGAAUGGGAAUGGUUGGUAGAGAAUGUUCAGAAUGGCAUUCGGGGCAUUCUGCUACAGGUAGCAGAAUGGGUGGAAUGGCCUUCAUUCCAUUCCGGAAUGGGAACGCGGAUAAACGAACGCGCGCUUUUUCUAUUCUAAUCAUUCUCAUUCCGGAAUCACGAGUAAAAAAACGCGGCCAUAGUUGGCAAUGUUUUUUAUACUUUUUCAAGCCCAGGACGUUUUUAUGUAGUAAAACCCUUUAAAAGCCACACUAAACAGCCAGCUACGACAUCUAUGCCAUUUAGAUAAAGAAGAGGCUUAACACGAUUUCGCUUAUUUGGAUUAGGUUUAUCAAAAUAGUCGUUUUCAUAGACAACAAGAAGUUUUUAUUCUCUUAAUUGGUAUGCACAUAUCUUAAUAAACAUUCUCACUGCAAAUAGCGAAUGUCAGUUCUAAGACAAAUCGCCGUCAUAGGUAGUCUUGGUAUUUUCGAUAUCAAAACUUUCAUUUAGCAAUUACCAUUUGCCAUUUGAAAUAUGUGUAUUUAAUGGUUCGUUUGAUACUUAUAAAUUGUUUUUUGAUUCUCCUCAAUUGUUUAUUUGGCUUUCCUUAAUUGUUUAUUUUAUUCUUCUUAAUUGUAUAACGAAGCAAUAUCAUAACAAGAAGCAAUAAUGUCCGUUACAUCAAAGAUAGCUGAGAUGAAGUGGAAAAAAAUGACAUAAUAAAAUAGUUUGCCAAGCUCGAAAAAAAA